AUGGGCAUCGAGGUGCCGUCGGAGUUUGGCGGCGUCGAGCUGGGCUUCACCGCGGCGUGCUUGGCCAUCGAAGAGGUGGCCAAGGUGGAUCCAGCCGUCUCUGCCCUGAUGGACAUCCAUAACACGUUGCUGGUCACUGCCUUUAAGCGCUACGGCAGCAAGGAGCUGCAGGAGCGGUAUCUGCCGCGCUUGGCGGCAGACACCGUGGGCAGCUUCUGCCUCUCCGAGCCCAACAGCGGCUCCGACGCCUUUGCGCUGAAGACCAAGGCCGUGCAAGAUGGCAGCGACUGGGUCCUCGAUGGCGGCAAGUCUUGGAUCUCCAACAGCUUGGAGGCGGGUAUCUUCGUGGUCUUUGCCAAUGCUGAUCCCAGCAAGGGCCACCGAGGCAUCACCGCCUUUGUGGUGGAUCUGGACAACAAGGGCCUUCAGAUUGGGAAGAAGGCGCAUUUCACCGAAUCGCCGAUUCGGAAGGAGGACAAGCUGGGCAUUCGUGCCUCCUCCACCUGUGAGCUGGUCUUCGAGGGCUGCCGCGUCCCCAAGGAAGCCGUGCUCGGGGAGGCCGUCGGAGAGAAUCCAUGCUAUUGGAAGGGUCUGCCGAUGGCCCACGUGGUGGGCCAGGGCUACAAAAUUGCCAUUGAACUGCUGAACGAGGGGCGUAUUGGCAUUGGUGCUCAGAUGGUGGGUUUGGCACAGGGCGCCUUUGACUACGCCAUGCGCUAUAUGGUCACCAGGAAGCAGUUCGGCCAGAGCAUUGCAGAUUUCCAGGGCAUGCAGUUUCAAUAUGCCCGGGCCCGCAUGGAGAUUGAAGCUGCGCGGCUCUUGGUGUUCAAUGCCGCGCGGCUCAAGGAGAGCGGAAGGCCCUUCAUGGUGGAGGCUGCGAUGGCCAAGUUAAAGGCGUCGGAGGUGGCGCAGGACGUGUCCUCCCAAUGCAUCGACUGGCUGGGCGGCGUGGGCUUCACGCGCGAGCCCCCCGGCUCCACCGCUUCGAACGGGGACCUCGACUGGAGCCGGUCGACUGGUAGUUGGGGCGUCCGGAGUCCAAUCGAAGUAGCGACGGAGGCUAUAAGGUGGGUGCUCCAAAGAAGUGGAUCUUGA